CUCUCAAAGCAAAGCAACGGACGGAGUCAUUGUGCGGAGCACUGGGCUGGUCCUGGGGAGGGCACUCACGCCCAACAAAAACAACAAACACAGGAGCUGAUCUCUUUCCAUCGCCUUCUUUCUACUUCUUCAUCCCGCCUAGCGCUCCUCUUCCUCUCGCUUCCCUCCCUAACCCCGAACCUGUAAUAAUAUCCUUCGCCAUGUCGCUCUCUAUUUUCUCCUCAUCCCUCAAGGGAUCUGUCCUCAAGGCCGUCCGUGUCUCCGCCGCCACUCCCGCUUUAAGACCCGCUUCUGUCUGGACCUCAAGGCUCUACUCAACCGGGAGCAGCAAUAACGGCAACAACAAGGAGAACAAGGACGAAAAGGAUAACAGUAGCAAUAGCAAGGAGGGCGCUAACGCUCAGGACACAGCAGCAGCACAAGCCGGAGCAGAAUCAGCAUCAGGCGAAUCAGCACCGAGCGAGAACGGCAAGUCUGCCCACGAAGAGGCCUUGGCCGCCAAGGAUAAGCAGAUCGCCGACUUUAAGGAUCGUUUGUUGCGCACACUUGCAGAUAUGGAGAAUCUCCGCAAUAGAACCGCCAAGGAGGUUGCCAACACCAAGGACUAUGCGAUUCAAAAGUUCGCCAAGGAUCUCUUGGAUACGGCUGAUAUCUUGGCCUUGGCCAUCAAGAACGUGCCCCAGGAGGAAAUCGCCGAGAGCUCAGCCAACAAUCACUUGAAAUCGUUGCACACGGGUGUCUCGAUGACAAGGGACGAGCUCCUCAAGACCUUCAAGCGGUACGGUGUCGAACCCUUCGAUCCCAUCAACGAGAAGUUCGACCCCAACUUGCACCAGGCCAACUUUCAGGUCCCCAUGCCUGGCAAGGAGCCAGGCACCGUGUUUGAUGUCCAGAAGGCCGGAUACAUGAUCAAGGGACGUGUCUUGCGGCCGGCGCAGGUCGGUGUUGUCCAGUCAACCGAUAAUUAAAAACCAAUAUCCUGCCUGAGACUCGUUGGAUCGUGGUUUGGAAUGGGAAGGGUGGAUCGGCAUGGAAUAUGAGCAAAACGUUCCUGGGCAUCAUAGUUAUCUUUUUUUUCUUCUUUUUUUUUUUUUUUUCGUUCUUCGUUCGGC